CUUAUCCUGACGGAACGGUAACGUUCUGUUGACGUUGACGGAAGCUGAUGUAUCGUCUGAGUCGUCCUUUAAAAUCGUGCUGAUUUUAGUAGUGUAGCAGUGAAUUUAGUUGAACAAUUUUGAGAAGAGGAGAGCUGAUUCAUUUUGACUAUAUUUCAAAGCAUAAGCAAAACGAUCUGUUUCCAACAACUAAUUACGCUGCAGUUUAUUUGUUGUAAUAUAUUGAUAGUAAGACAAAGAAAGCAAAACAAAAUGUCGGAACUACAUUUUGAUGAGUAUGAAAAGUACAACUUUGAGUUCGACAAGCACAUGUUUUCUGGCCAUUCUGGAAAGCAACGGUCUAAGAAAGAAGCUAGCGAGCAUACCAACCACUUUGACCCAAACGGACAUUCUCGUAAAAUCAUGACGAAGUUGAGGAACACCGAGCAAAACAAGAAAGAUAAACCGAAGAAUUAAGUGACCCGUGUUUACGUAACCAAUUCUAGCCAUAUCAUUGCUCAGUUUGUAUACACCUGCGAGAAAAUGAAAACUUGUUGGCUAUAUUUUAAAUGGUGAGGUGAGAUCGUUGUAUUAUUCCAGUCGCAAUAAAAAAUGCGUCUGCUCAAACAUUAAAAGAAUUUUCUACGUCAGCUUAUGGUUUGUUUCACUGGUGUUUUGAAACCUGCAUGUUAUCAACGAUGCAUGUUUACAAUCUCUUCCUGAGAUGGGUGGCACAAGUGUGCGUUUAAUCGAUAACCUCGAACUUGUGAUUCAAUAAUAAUCAGUGUGGAAACGAGGUAGAUUGAAACAAUUCAAAGCUUUUAAAACAUUUGCUGUAACCAUUUUGAGCUAAAUAAAGUUUUAUAAUUAUUAAAA